CAGUAAUGUUAGAGAAAUCUUAGUGUCACACAUUCCGUCAGUCGCGAGGUUCUUGCGAACGUCUGGACGAAGAUAAAACCCUUCGUGUAGGCUUUUUAUGAUUGUGAAGUCUACACAAUUCCUUGAAACAUGGGUCGAGAGCUGAAUAUGGACACACAGAGGCAGAACUUCUGGAAAGAAUCGAUAAACAAAGAAGCGUAUGUCCGACUAAAUUGGCACGCUCGCUACUCAAAGGAAUUCUCGCGUUCUGCCUAUGUACCCAAACCUCGCAAAGAAGGCAUGGUUAUAAAACCAGUCGCAAGUCUCACAUUACCUAGCAAGAAACUAGACUCGACGACCGUAUCAAAGACAAAACUUCAAGACUCGAUUGCGCAGUUCGAAGCCGCAGCGAAAGAAGACCCGAACUCGCUUUUGAUUGAAAUGCGUCCGGUUUCAUCGAACACCAAGAAAUUACUCUACAAUGGGUUCAGUGCGCUUGGAGAAGGAAGAUACCAGUAUCUAGAAAAAAGGAAAAUGAAGAAACCCGAGCAGAAGUACGAGUUCCCCAUCACUAGUGCUUGGGAAAUCGGUUGGAAAAUUGAUGAAUAUUGCCCCACGAUGAAAGCUGCACAGUUUGGUCGAACAAAAGUAAUUCGGGACUCCUUCUAUCGCAACAAUGGUAUAUUUUACAACAGAUAGAAAUCUUUACCGAAGACGACGGACUAUUGAAGGUUGGACCAGUGUAGAGGAUUUAUUAUAGUAUAGUUUUGUAUGUUGUCGCUGUUGUUAUGAAUUUUGAUACUGUUAUAACUAUUUCUUAGCUGGAAAGAAGUUUUGUUUACAUGUAAAAACUUCCAAGAAGUAAUCCCAAACAUUGAUAAACGCUUGUCAUUACACGCGAGGGAUUAUACCCGAUACCUCCAAAGAAUUCAAAAUAAUUUGUAAAUAACUGUUAUAAUGAAUACUACUGAGGGUCAUUUUUAUUUUAAGUAUAUUUUUUUAGGAAGGCUCGGUUGUUAUGGGGAUGAGGCAAUUUUGGGCAUCCCAGAAAAUAUGUAAAUCUCUCAAAACCAUGAAUAAAUCACUUUUUUGUCC